AUGGGAUUUUUACUAGAUCAGAAGGGGCCUAAAAAAAUGAUUAUUGGAGACAUUGAUGUAAAGGAAACCUCAAAGCUGAUAAAUAAGGGCAGCAGAAUGGACAAAUUUAUGCAAAGAAAAGAACUAGAACAAUCCGUCCAACAUGCAAGCAACAUUAAUUUAUCAAGAAAGCGAAAGCCAGAAACUGAUAUCAAGAUAGAUCAUGAAUUGCCUUCCACUUCCUAUGACAGUAUCAAUACAGAUAUGCAGUGUACACAAAAUUACGUCAAACUUCCCACCUUGGCCAAAGUUUGUGACCGCUAUGGAUUAUCGGAUAGAUCUGCAGCAGCAGUGGUAACUUCAGUGCUACAUGACCUUGGAAUUGUUUCCGAUGUCAAUACAAAAAACGUAAUAAACAGAAGAGCAACUCGCUCUGAUACAGAGUAUGUUCCCAGUAAUAUAAAUUUGAACACUAUUAAUAAAAAUUUAGCAACCCAACAAAAUCAGGAGUUAGUUAAUACUCAAAUGAGUUCAAUGUUUUAUAGAGAGAAUAACGAAGAACUACAGAAAACUGUAUUAUUAGAUGUUCAAAAUAAGGAAAAUAUAUUGAAAAAAGAAUAUUAUUACAUUGACGAAAAUUUUGAUUUAAAACCAAUUGAUAGUCAAACUGAUUUUAAUCCUUUGCAGGAGUUUGCAAACAAGAAACAGAAGAAAAAGGAGAAGAAGAAAAAGAAGAAGAGGAAGAAGAAGAGGAAGAAGAAAAAGAAAAAGAAGAAAAAGAAGAAAAAGAAAGAAGAAAAGGAAGAAGAAAAAGAAGAAGACGAAAAACAAGAAGAAGACGAAGAAGACGAAGAAGAAGAAAAAGAAGAAAAAGAAGAAGAAGAAGAAAAAGAAGAAGAAAAAGAAGAAGAAAAAGAAGUAGAAGAAGAAGAGGAAAAAUAA